CUGGUACGGUAUUUUUCGUUCCACGAGUGUAGUGCAGCGAGAUCGAACGUUCGCCGAGCAAGGCAGCCUUGGUCUUACGACCUUUGAGGGGAAGGAGGCAGUAGCAGAGGUCGACCGCGCGGUAGAUUUCAAAAGCUUGAUCGCACCGGGAGCCCUUGAACCGGGAUCUGGGGGAGAUGAAGACGAUUUGGAUAAUAGGCGGGCCAGGAUGCGGCAAGGGGACGCAGUGCGAGAAAAUCAUCGAUAAAUAUGGAUUUUUUCACAUAAGUAGCGGUGAUUUGCUGCGGGAGGAGGUUGCCAGCGGCAGUAGCAGGGGUGCCUCUCUUCAAGAACUGAUGUCGAAGGGUCUGUUUGUGCCAACGGAUGUUGUGUUGGACUUGAUAAGAGAACGAAUGGAGAAGGCUAAGAAGGAGAACGCCACACAAACUGGAUUCCUCAUUGACGGAUACCCACGUGAAUUGGAGCAAGGUCUCCUCUUUGAGAAAAAUGUAUGUCCUGUUGAUUUGAUUCUUUUCUUCGACGUCUCGAACGAAACGUUGAAGUCGAGGCUGUUGGGACGCGCGGCCACGGCCAUUACUCAAAGAGCUGACGAUAAUGAAGAAACUAUCAAGAAGAGGAUCGAAAUAUUUAACGUGAAGAACGAUCAGAUCGUACAGCAUUACAAGGACAAAGUAGUUACAAUCAAUGCCGAAGGCACCGUUGACUCGGUAUUCACCGAGGUCAGUAAGGCACUGGACCGUCUCGUGGCUGCUUAAUCUUGGCUUCUACACACGUCCGUGAUAGAUCUUGACUCGAGCCAAAGGAGAAUUCCAAAACGAAUUCCCAUCAAGAUUAUCGAGAACGCGCGCAAACGAUUAAAACUAUUACAAAUUUCAAGUACCUGGUCUUGCAAGCGCAGCAGCAAUGUGUAUAGUGUAAUUUGAAAAAAAUGUAAUAUUUUCAGGAACAGCGAAACUCGUAGUACCUGCUAUUGUUGAUUGCCAUCGUUCGUUAUUCACACGUUCGACGACUGUUUUAACGACUAUAACGACAGAAUUAAAUAAUCACAAAUUUUGCCUAUA